GACGACUCGCACAUCCUUUAAAACCGCGCCAACACGCCGACGAAUCGGCCGACGACGACUUCAUCUCCUCCCACCACCACCACCACCACCAAUUUCUCUCUCUCUCUCAUGGCGACUAGGCGCGACCUCGGCGGCGAACCGCCGGACUCCACGCGGCUGCGCAUCGGCGACGACGUAGCCUGGGUGGACGUCGGCGGCGUGUACGACCGCGACGACUCCCUCAAGGAGAACACAAACCCCAAGUGCCUCCUCAAGAGCCACAACCCGACCGCGCCCGGGCAGCACCACCACCACGCCGGCGGCGGCGGCGGCAACUCGCAGCGCUUCUCCGGGAACCUCAAGCCGACGGCGGCGCCCAUCAUCGGCCUCUCGGGGAAGCUGGGCGGCGGGCGGAGGUCCCACCAGCAGCACCCGCCGGCCAUGUUCCCCAAGAAGGCCAAGACGGGCGGCGGCGGGCGCAACCCUCGUGCCGCCGUCCCGGAGGACGAGCCCAGCUCGCCCAAGGUCUCCUGCAUCGGGAAGGUGCUCUCGGAGCGCGAGCGGGCGCGCCGCUGCCCCCGCCCGCCGCCGUCGGAGAAGCCGCCGCGGCCUCCCGGCGGCUGCUGCCCCGGGUUCGGGUUCAUGAUGCGCCGCAGCCGCUCGCGGAAGAGCGCCGUGGAGAGCGUCGACUGGUCCCCGCCUCCCGCGCCCCCGGCGGCGAGGCUCAGGGACAACAAGGCGUUCCAGGCGGACGAGGCCGCGCCUGCGCCUGCGCCGGCGCCGGGGCUGGCCGGAGUCAUGCGGUUCGCGUCGGGGAGGCGGGCGGCGGACUGGGCGGCCGAGAUGGAGGUAGACGACCGCGUGGCCAGAUCUGGGCCGUUGUAGCGUGGGCAGGGGAUUGUUCCUUCUGUUUGGUCUCGUGUCAUCUUCCUCAGCCCUCGGUUGUUGGCUUGUUGCUGUGCUUCUAGGUUUAGUAGACCUGUAAGUUUGUGUGUGUGUACAUUACUAGGACAAGAGAUUUGUGGGUGAAUUAUACUAUGGAUUGGGAAAUUAGACCAAAUUUUGGUGGUUC